GCUACUGUCAAGUUUCGAUUCCGGGAUCGAAGAUCCAGAGACCAUCCCAAACAUAAACUACUGACAUAUGAACAGCAUCAAGAUGCCUUCUCUUAAAACAUCAUACGAAGUAGGGCUUGACUUCCUGGAGUUUCUGGGGCAGAGGAUCUCGAAAACUGACAGAAACGAGCUUCGGGAUAUAUACAACUUUGAGUUCAAAAGGGACGGAAGCAAAGAGCCCACAUUUUCCAAUGUGAUCAGAGCCUUAGUAUGUUGCAAUAAAGCCACUAUAAGGGAUGGAAAAGUUAUAUUUCAGUGGAAACCUAAGGUGCGUGUGUACUACUGCGAUCAGUGGAAGUCCUUCACACAGCAGAGCACCAGCACAUCGGCCCCAGCUUCUGACCUGGCGUCCUCUUCCCCUAAACCUGUCCUGACCCCGAAGAGAAAGCUCGCUUCAGAAAUCCUCAAAAAACUCAAAAUGAAACGAGCUCAACUCAUCAAAGACAAAGAAGGUGUUGAAAUAACCUCUGACCCCAAGGCCACCAAAGGGAAGGUUACGUUCAAAAUCAAGGAGCAGGGGAAGCUGUUUAUGGUGAAGUUUCACAUCGUAAACCGCGGCGAGAACUGCGUGCACUUCACAUACUACACAGCUCUGCACAAGAUGCGCUGCUUCACUCUCGUAGAUGAGAGGAGAGUGAACCGUGUCUCUCCUCUUCUCCUCUGUCCAGGUGAGAGUUAUGUCGUUGAAGUGCAUUACAAAGUCCACCACCAAGGACACUUUCCAGCCACCAUGUACUUUGAGUUCUGUCCAGAGGCAGAUCCUCCAGGUACAGCUAAACCCUUCUGUAUAGUCCGGGAACUGGAGGCAGUGGUUCAGUCCGGGCUAGCUGAGACGCUGGGCCCAGAGAGUCCAUAUAACCCCAAACAGAACAGACGACUCCGACCGGAGAACAGGAUUCUGGAACAAGGGGUUCCACCUGAGAGUUUCAUCACACAUAAUCUGAAGAUUAUGGUCAAGUUGAAUCCAUACCAAUACCCAGAAUACUUAAAAGAGUUGGCCAAACACAAACUGGAGGACUCAAAGCGCCCUUCACCGUCAGUAAAACAGCAACUUCCCAGAGUGAGGCAAGUGCUGGACACUCAGCUAUGCAUGAAGAACUACAAGGAGCGCUUUCACCUCCUCCUACACCUGGAAGAGAUUCAGAUGGAGGUGGACAUCAAGAAGUACGAUCUCUACGGCAAGACCAUGACCCUCGACAAAUCAAACAAAAAGUUGCUCAUUCUCAAAGUCCCAGGGGUGGCAGAAAACAGACCGUCCGUACUACGAGGAGAUAAACUGAACGUCUGUUUGUCAGAGGACAGGAACCAGCCCAUCACUGUCUAUGAAGGCUACGUCCACAGUGUAGAACUUGAUAGAGUUAAACUCGGCUUCUCCAAGAAUCUUCUCCAGAAGUUUCUCAGCAAUAUGAAGUUCAAUGUGGAGUUCAACAUCAACCGCUUCCCCAUAAAGCUUCAGCACAGGGCGGUGGAGCUGGCUUGCCAGCACAGACUGGGAGAUGUGUUAUUCCCGUCUGAUAAAAGCACUGGACAAACUGCACUACCACACCUCAGCAUGUUCAACAAAGAUUUAGAGAACAACCCAGAGCAGAAGGCAGCAGUGCAGCACAUCCUGUCGGGCACAUCUAAACCAGCACCUUACCUGAUCUUUGGACCCCCUGGCACAGGCAAAACUGUUACAGUGGUGGAAGCCAUAAAGCAGGUGAAUAAAUCCAAGGCCACAACCCAUAUCCUUGCCUGCGCUCCCUCAAACAGUGCCUGUGACCUCCUGUGUGAGAGGUUAUUAGGAUAUGUGGAUGCCCAUCGCCUCUACCGACUCUGUGCCCCUAGCAGAGACCCGCGCACUGUACCACAGAAACUGCUGAAACACAGUAACUGGAAUAAGGAUCAGAGCAGCUUCCACCUCCCAUCUAGAGAAGAUCUGAUGGGCCGCAGUGUUAUUGUCGUUACUCUGGUCACCGCUGGAAGGCUCGUAUCAGGAGGUGUGGAUAAGGGUCACUUCACACACAUUUUCAUAGAUGAGGCCGGACAAGCCGUGGAGCCUGAGUGUAUCAUCGGGAUCGCGGGUUUGCUGGAUCCUGUGAAGGGCCAGCUGGUUUUGGCCGGAGAUCCCCAGCAGCUGGGCCCCAUUCUGAGAUCUCCGCUGGCACAACUGCACAGACUGGGUCAGUCCCUCCUGGAGAGGCUGAUGACACAGAACGCUCUCUAUCAGAAGAGCCAGGAUGCUCAUUCUGGAUAUGACACCCGCUUCGUCACCAAACUUCUGCGCAACUACAGGUCUCAUCCCGCCAUCCUCAGGAUCCCCAAUGAGCUCUUCUAUGAGAAUGAGCUGCAGGUGUUUGCGAACCAGAUGGAGCGGGAGGCCUUCUGCUGCUGGGAGCAUCUCCCUAAGAAGGGAUUUCCUGUCAUGUUUCAUGGAGUGAUGGGGAAAGAUGACAGGGAGGCCAACAGUCCUUCAUUCUUCAAUGUGACUGAGAUCGAGGUCAUCGUUAGCUACCUCAACAAGCUCAUGCAAACGCAGGGCAAGAAGGGCCUGCCAAAACUCAGCGCCAAUGACAUUGGCAUUAUCACUCCUUACAGGAAACAGGUGGAAAAAAUUCGGAAAGCUCUGAACACUGUGGCAGAGUUGAACAAAUGGAAAGACAUCAAGGUGGGGUCAGUGGAAGAGUUUCAGGGUCAAGAGAGAAGAGUCAUCAUAGUUUCUACCGUCCGUAGUAGCGUCAACUACGUCAAGAUGGACCAAGACUUCAACAUUGGCUUCCUCUCAAACGAGAAGAGGUUUAAUGUGGCCAUGACCAGAGCCAAAGCCUUGCUCAUUGUAGUGGGAAACCCAGUCAUCCUAAGCAAGGAUCCUACUUGGCAGAGGUUUAUCAGGUACUGUGAGCUCGAGCAGGGCUACACUGGCUUUGACUACAAGGAUGCUGAAGGAGAAGAGGAUGUGGUCAGCCGGCUGGCGUCUUUAAAAAUCAGUUCUGAUGAUAUAGAUGAGAGCCCACUUCAGCAGCAUGUUCAUCCAGAGUGGAGAUCUGAACAAUGAGGACCAGAUUUAGAAUAAUCAAUGGAGACCAUCAUCUUACAUCCAGAUUAAAUGGGAAUUUAUUCAUUUUUAUCAGUAAAGCAGAACUGACAAACUCCAUUUUAAUAUUGAUUUCUGCUAGUUAAACAAUGCAGAUGAAUGAUUCGAUUCCUAAUUCAGCAAAACAGUCCGUUUGCAUACUACUGGAGAGAUGCUAGCAGUUGUGCAACCUUGUGUGGAGUAAAGGUCACAAUCGCAUUAUCGCUUUCAUUAAUCAAGAAUGUAUUUUUAUUAAAGCUUCAUUUCUUUAAUUUAAACAGCUACAUCACUGAAAAUGUAGAUUUACUUGUAUUUUUUUUGCACUUUACUGUAGUAUUUUACUGAAAGUAAUAAAUUGAAAAUGUUUCAAGCAAGUAAAAAUGGACAUUAAAAACAAUAA